GGACCAUAAGGCGUGAAGUAAGCUCGCAAUAUUACUCAGCGAAAUCGACGAAAUGGAUCGUUUUACGUGGUCUAACGGGUUAUUGGAAAUAAAUGAAACGUUGGUGAUUCAGCAAAGAGGUAUCAGACUGUAUGAUGGAGAUGAUAAGGCUAAAAUGGACGUGGGAAUAGUCUUGCUAACUACCCAUCGGCUGAUAUGGAGGGAUCAGAAGAAUCAUGAGUGUUGCAUUUCCAUACCUCUCUCUCAGGUUAUAUUUUUCGAAGAACAAGCCGCUGGCAUUGGAAAGAGUGCAAAGAUAGUUGUUCACUUACACCCAAACCCUGCAAACAAGGAGCCGGGUCCAUACCAGCACAGCAAGUUUUCCUACAUCAAGUUGUCCUUCAAGGAACAUGGGCAGAUUGAGUUCUACCGGAGACUGACAGAGGAGAUGAUACAAAAGAGAUGGGAGAACACACCAGCCUCUGAACCCAUGCCUACAGCAACAGGAUCUAAGACAGGAAGAACCCGUGCAGUUGGAAUAGUAGGCAUUGAGAGAAAGUUGGAGGAGAAACGCAAAGAGACAGACAAGAGCAUAUCGGAGGCAUUUGAGGACCUCAGUAAGCUCAUGGUGAAAGCCAAAGAGAUGGUGGAACUGUCAAGAUCCAUCGCCAACAAAAUCAAAGACAAGCAAGGGGACAUCACAGAAGAUGAAACCAUCCGUUUCAAGUCAUACUUGCUCAGCAUGGGCAUAGCCAAUCCUGUAACCAGAGAGACCCAUGGUUCAGGGACACAUUAUCAUAUGCAACUGGCGAAACAGCUGGGUGACAUGCUGCAGGCCCCUCUGGAAGAGCGUGGCGGUAUGAUGGCUCUGACAGAGGUCUACUGCCUGGUGAACAGGGCCAGAGGGAUGGAGCUUCUGUCUCCCGAGGACUUGGUGAACGCCUGUAAGAUGUUUGAGUCUCUGAAACUGCCUUUGAGGCUGCGGGUCUUUGACAGCGGCGUCAUGGUGGUCCAGCUUCAAUCCCAUAGCGAAGAGGAGAUGAUCGCCUCAGCUCUGGAUAAUGUGUCUGACAAGGGUUCCCUGACCGCUGAAGAGUUUGCCAAACUUUUAGGGCUGUCGGUGCUUCUAUCUAAGGAGAGACUACUGUUGGCUGAAAAAAUGGGACAUUUGUGCCGGGAUGACUCGGUAGAGGGAUUGCGAUUUUAUCCAAAUUUAUUUUAAUGCACUUCAAGGCAUGUCCCAUAUUAAAGAAAAACUAUGCUCUUGCAGUCUAUUAUUCAGUUUGUGACAACUGUUGCAUAGCUGUAGGAUGGACUGUUUAGUUCCCGAGAAAGAAUAAUUGCUGUUUACAACACCAGUAGCGAGUUUCUAAAAUACAUUAUUUUGAAUACCUAUUUCCUAAACUUGCUUGUUGGACAUUUUCCCCUCUUCAAAAAAAAAAAAUCUCAGAGCUGUAUAGUUUUGCUCGUAUUUUUUUGACAUAAUCAUAUGUAAAUAUCAAACCAAUUCAUAGCCGUGUGCCUGAGGAUUGGCAUUUUGGUGGGUCAGUAGCCUAUAAUAAUCUGCUUGUCAGUCUUGAAAUAAAAUAUCACUUUGUCAAAUAACACUGUUGUAGGC